AUGUCCCAACCAGAAGCAAACCCGCCCCAGGCGUCAUCAUCAACCCCCUUCCCCCCACCCACCAUCCUCACCCUCACCAAAUGCACCCUCCGCAACCUCCACCCGGCCGACGCGCCCGCACUCCAGCUGGCAUGUGACUCGCCCGCCAUGGCCAAGUACAUGUCGUACCGCUUCAAGUCGCCCUACACGCUGGAGGACGCGCAACAGUGGAUCAUGUACGCGACCACCUUCAAGGCGCCCGGCUCCGACGUGAUCCCCUCGCUGGCCAUCUGCGACCCCGUCACCAACGUGCCGAUCGGCGGGGUCGGGAUCAAGACCAAGUCGGACAUCGAGGAGUUCUGCUUCGAGGUCGGGUACUGGACCGAGGAGAAGUGCUGGGGCAAGGGGAUCAUGACCGAGGCGUUGCGCGCGUACGCCAAGUGGGUGUUUGAGAUGUAUCCGAAGGUGAACCGGUUGGAAGGGAUAGUGUUUGAGGGGAAUGAUGGCAGCGUGAAGGUGCUCGAGCGGGCCGGGUUCGUGUAUGAGGGGACGAGAAGGAAGGCGGGGACGAAGAAUGGGUGGGUAUUUGAUAUUGUGACGUACGGUCUGUUGAGGGAGGAGUGUAACUGGUGA